GGUAGGGGCACUGUAGCCAUGGUAACCCGCAGUAGUCAAUGGCUGCCCAGUACAGUUUUUACAUGGAAAAGAUUAAAUAAGGAUGUUGUGUAGAUGUGUGUGUGUACCCGCGCGUGUAUGAAGGAAGAGACUCCCAGAGCCGGCUGGCUACUGCUUGCAGGUAGCUACAGCAGUCCGGACAGUAAACCAAUGGUUUGUGGUUACGCAAGUGUCGACGGAAUUCCCAGAGUGCUGCGCGCCUGCACCCGUAUGUUCAUGGCGGCGGCAGGACGGCUCGGUCUGCUUUUGCUCUUUGUACUAUGGAUGAUGGUGACUGUGGUUCUGCCUGGCUCUGGCGACGGGGGAUGGAAGCAGAGUGGGCUGGGAACUGCAGCAGCAGUAACGGAGGAGGAGCGUUGCACAGUGGAGCGCCGAGCACACCUCACAUACUCGGAAUUCAUGCAGCACUAUGCCUUCCUCAAGCCUGUCAUCUUGCAAGGACUCACGGACAACUCGAGGUUUCAGGCCCUGUGUUCCCGGGAAAACCUGCUAGCCUCGUUCGGGGACAACAUUGUUCGCUUGAGUACAGCCAACACCUACUCCUACCAGAAAGUGGAUCUGCCCUUCCAGGAAUAUGUGGAGCAGCUGCUGCAGCCCCAGGAUCCUGCAUCCCUAGGCAAUGACACCCUGUACUUUUUUGGAGACAACAACUUCACGGAAUGGGCACCACUCUUCAGACAUUACUCCCCACCUCCAUUUCGUCCCCUGGGAGCCACCCCUGCUUAUAGCUUUGGAAUUGCAGGAGCUGGAUCUGGGGUACCCUUCCACUGGCAUGGGCCUGGUUUCUCAGAGGUUAUCUUUGGUCGGAAGCGCUGGUUCCUCUACCCUCCUGAGAAGACACCAGAGUUCCACCCUAACAAGACUACAUUGUCCUGGCUCCUGGAAAUAUACCCAUCCCUAGCACCAUCAGCUCGGCCUUUAGAAUGUACCAUCCAGGCUGGUGAAGUGCUGUAUUUUCCUGACCGGUGGUGGCAUGCCACACUCAAUCUGGACACCAGUGUUUUCAUCUCUACCUUCCUUGGCUAGCCAAACAGGCAACUGGCAAGCCCACUGCACCAGCACAUGGCAAUGUAGUGCUCACAGACUUUAUUACAGGACAGUGGCAGCAGCAGCAACCUCAGCCCGCCCUCACCAGCUCUCCAGCCCAGAAGGGGGACAAGGGAGGCUCAUGGCCCAGCAAGGGGUAUGCUGAGAAGGGGAGCAGUUCAGAACCCAUCAGCAGGACCGAUGGGGACAGGCCCAGGGACACAAACUAUAUACAGGGGCUGGAGCUUCCGUCUCCAGACUCUCCUGGGCCAGGGUGCCAGGCAGGACACUGGGCCUCAGUAGUCCUCUACCCAGCCGUUCUCAGAGAUGAAAGCAUCAAUGACUUCCUUCAUGGCCAAGUUGGGGAUGAGCUGUUCCUGGGUCAGAGGGCUCCGGGUCACAGGGUCAAAGUGGCCCACACGCUGCAACAAGAGUUAAGAAUGUUCAAUGGCCUGGUAUACCGUGAUCCCAGUCCCAAGGCCCAUGGGCUCUCCUUACCUGCAGGUGCUCCUCAAUGUCCUUGCGGUCGUAGGUGAUACCACUGGGUGUAAUGCAGGGCUCCCGCAUCAGCUCAAAGCUGAUCUUGCCACACAAGUAGUCAGGGAUAUCUCGCUUCUACAGCACAAGGGGGGAAAUGUCUGGAACUGGAAAGGUCACCACACCAGCACCUGCCCAUGAGCUUCAAGGGAUCCUCACCUUUCUUUUCUCGUCCACCUGAGAGAAGAGCUCAUCCAUGUCUGCCAUGUAUUUAUCCUGCAGAGUUGAGUGCCAUGUGUGGGCAACUCGUAUCUCCUCCACACAGACACACACACUCUAUGUCCACCAGGGCACUCAUGUCAUGCAUGGGCCAACUGAUCCACCAUAGGCUGGGGCACUUUUCAUGCCACACACAAAAACACACACACAAUGACCCACAUGUGGACUAGGGGCACCCUCACGUGCUUGGCCUCAAUGCAGGCCUGCUGGGCCCGGAUGUGGCCAUCAUCCUCAUCACCCUCGUGGUUCCGCUGACACUCUUCCAGUUCCCUGAGGGUUAACCAAAAGCUAGUUGGUGAUGGCCCCGACCGGGAAGUGACAGAGCCCUCCCCAUCUCAGGCCUCUUUCCUCCUGGGCUUCCCAUGUACUGGUUGCUGUCUUUCAAUAAACUUGUGCUGGUGACUCAGUGUCAACCCGAGAAAGCCUGUUGGGGGAAGGACCCACCUCUCUCGCUCAGCAGCAAUGAGCCUGGUGAGAUAUGAAUGCAGCUCA